AUGGCAGAGCACCGGCAUUCAAUCAACCAAUGGAAUCGAAAGGAUCAAAUUCUCACAGGGAGUGUCGUGGUUGCUAGUGCUCUUCUGAUCACUGCCUCCUUCUUCAUCCCCGGUAUCUCCUGGCUAUCCUAUGGUCCUCAGCUCCAUGAUGCCAACCGCCUCUCCAUAAUCACUCAACGGAACCAACAAAUCGAAGCCUUCCCGCUUGUCGGCUUUGCUUAUGGGGACUGGAAUAUUGCAUCGAUCGUUCUAAUGGGAUGGAGCUUGCUAUUGAGUCUCGGCUACACCAAGAUUCUCUACACCUUGGCAACCCAUAAGGAAAGUCCGAAGAAGCCACGGCAAGCUCUCAUCGCCGGUGGGCUCUUUGAGAUCAUCUUUCAUGGGAUCACCGUUUUGGCUCCAGUCCUGGUGUUGAUCCCUCUAUCCGUCUAUUCUGGUAUGGAAAUCAAGAUCGGAGAGGCGUUUGGUGUUUGGAUCGUUGUAAUGGCGAGCCUCGAGGCGACUGGAUCGUUUUUGGUGGUGUGGAUGAUGAUCUUCAACGACAUGGCAACUCUUCUCCCUUCACUGGUCAAUUUCGCAUCAAUCGUACUGUUUCUGCUAAUCUGGAUUAUCUUUGCCAAGACUGAGAACUCGAAUACUAUAGCCCAAUACAAGGCUAUCGUACACAUCAGCAACGGAUAUAAUUUAUUCAUGCUGAUAUAUAAUGCUGUAAUUGGACCGAAAAACCCGGUCAGAUCAAUUCGCAAGCGGAAGUGUGGGCAACGCCAUCUUCGCGGUGGAGCGAACCUGUGUUGUAGACUGAUUGGAGGAAAUAAUGGAGAUAAUGGAGAACAUCGGAGAUACAAAGAACUCUGCAACUGA